CAUAAAUUCCCAAAGAUACACACAAGGCCAGAUGUCUCCCCUGUAUAGUCAGUAACGCCCCUGCCAUUUCCUUUUCUAUGAUAUUUAUGUCAUGCACUUAGCUAUCUCCACUUCCCAUUUUUCGUAUUUAAAUACCACCAAUUUCCCCCCCUUCAUUACCCAUUCUCUUCAAUCUGUCUCUGUUUUCCCUUAUUUUCCUCUGCUUUCUUUCCUCCUUUCAAAAGAAAAGAAGAAACCAUGGUUGUGCAUUCACAGUCUGCAGCAUUAGACCAUUGCUCUUUGAUCAAAACAUGCAAGCCUACCACCAGUGUUUUCAAAGGAAUCCCAGUGGUAGACUUGAGGGACCCUGAAGCAAAGACCCUCAUAGUUAAGGCUUGUGAGGAAUAUGGCUUCUUUAAGCUAGUCAAUCAUGGUGUUCCAAUGGAAUUCUUCACCAGAUUAGAAGCUGAAGCUCUCAAGUUCUUCAAUCUCCCCCAGUCUGACAAAGACAAAGCCGGCCCUCCUGAUCCUUUUGGCUAUGGUGUCAAGAAAAUUGGCUCUAAUGGCGAUGUGGGAUGGGUUGAAUACCUCCUCCUUAACACCAAUCCUCAAAUCACUUCCCUCAAAUCCCUCACUGUUUUCCGAGAAACCCCUGAAAUUUUUCGCAGCUCUGCGGUGAACGACUAUAUCCAAGCAGUGAAGAGAAUGACAUUUGAAGUGGUGGAAUUAAUGGCGGAUGGUCUGAAAAUAGAGCCGAGGGAUGCGUUGAGUAGGCUAUUGAGAGACGAGAAGAGUGACUCGUGUUUCAGGCUAAACCACUAUCCACCAUGCCCGGAGCUACAAGCAUUGGGUGGUAGAAACCUGAUAGGGUUCGGGGAGCAUACAGACCCGCAGAUAAUAUCUGUCCUAAGAUCAAACAACACAUCUGGCCUGCAAAUCUGUCUCAGUGAUAAGACUUGGGUUUCAGUCCCACCUGAUCAGACCUCCUUUUUUAUCAAUGUUGGUGAUGCCUUGCAGGUAAUGACAAAUGGGAGAUUAAGAAGUGUGAGGCACAGAGUGUUGGCAGAAUCAAUGAGAUCAAGGGUAUCAAUGAUCUAUUUUGGAGGGCCACCUUUAAGUGAAAAGAUAGCACCUUUAGCUUCAUUAAUGGCGAAAGGAGAAGAGAGCUUGUACGAGGAGUUCACAUGGUGGGAAUACAAGACUUCUGCAUACAAAUCAAGGUUGGGUGAUUAUAGGCUAGGCCUCUUUGAGAAAAAAACUGGUGGUGCUGCAGGCCAAUGAUUCGAAUAUAAUAUUUCCUCCAUUUUUAGUCAAACAGGUGCUAUAAAAAUGUUGACUCUACUUUCUAUAGGUGGAAAUGACAUAGGUUGUAGCUAUGUGAAAUCCUAUAUGUGACCCAAAAAAGUUAUAUUAAUGUACUGAAUGUGUUUGAUUCUCGUCCA